AUGUCGGCCACAGAAUCCUCGCCUCUCCCGGGACACGGGCAGAGCAACGACCACCCCGCCCAAGAGAUCUCCGAAGCUAUCGAAAACCCCACGUCAACAGCUGACCUCCCCACGGCCCAGAAUGAUACAUCGAACUUGAACAUACCACAAAUCGAGAUGAACACAGAGGCAGAAGCGGGACCGCAAAUCAAUCUUGAAGAGCAUGGUGCUUCUCAAGUAUCCGAUGUAGCUUCGCAGCAGCCAUCGUCCACCCCGUCACAGCCGGACCCGCUUGAGGGGCAAAUGGGUGAGCUAUCAAUAUCAGAAACAAGCACACCGGUGCCUCGACAGUCUACAGAACUGCAUACGCCCCCUGCGCCCCCACCACCCGAGAAAGACGAUACGUACCUGAAUUCGGUGUCAACCCAAGUCGCACCUCCGCCGACAAGCGAACAGAGCUCUGGUCCAAGCUCUGAAAAGGAACUGCCGGAAGUGCCUGGAGAUAGCGACCCCGAGUCCAAACAAAUUGCAAAGGCCGACAAGCUGCGAGAUGAAAAUGACUCUCAACCGGAGAUCCAAAGCAUUAUGGGCCAGUUUCAGGACCCGGCGCGGACUACCGAUCAAGACCAAAUUAUGUCGCCUCGGCUGGGGCUGGCUACCCCGAACUACUACCCGCCCCGAAGAUCAAGCUUGGAUCAUAUUCAACCCCCCGUAUCUGGGUCUUCCACUGUUUCGCCUCAAGUGAAUCAUGCAUCUUCACCUACCGCCACAUAUUCUCGUGGGUCGAUCGGCCCAGAUGACCCGAUGUUGACCCGGCGAUCAUCAACUUCGACAAUCCCCUUACCAGAACCCGAACCAGCCCAGCCGUUCGACUUUCACCGAUUCUUAGAACAGUUACGACACCGCACCGCUGACCCCGUCGCCAAGUUCCUACGCUCUUUUCUCAUGGAAUUUGGAAAGAAACAGUGGAUGGUCCAUGAGCAGGUCAAGAUCAUCAGUGAUUUUCUGGCCUUCAUUACGAAUAAAAUGGCAAUUUGCGAGGUUUGGAGAGAUGUCUCAGAUAGUGAGUUCGAUAAUGCCAAGGAAGGAAUGGAGAAGCUUGUCAUGAACCGCCUCUAUUCUCAAACAUUUGCACCGGCCAUCCCAGCUCCUCCCACAAUUCCCCGGAGUGCAAGUCGCAGCCGGCGGAGAGAGAUUGAGAGGCUACAUGGGCCAUGGAGGCGAGGACAACAUCAGGAGGAUAUCGAGCGGGACGAUAUCUUGGCCCAGAAAAUUCGCAUCUACAGCUGGGUCAAAGAAGAACAUCUGGAUAUUCCUCCUGUGAGCGGUGGCGGACGUCGUUUCCUGAACCUGGCGCAACAAGAAUUAUUGAAGCUAAAUGGCUACCGUGCUCCUCGUGAUAAGGUUAUCUGCAUCUUGAAUUGCUGCAAGGUGAUUUUUGGUCUUUUGCGGAAUAGCAAAAAAGCCGAUACCUCCGCAGACUCUUUUGUUCCACUUCUGAUCUAUGUGGUAUUACAUGCAAACCCCGAUCACCUUGUCUCCAAUAUCCAAUACAUCCUGCGUUUCCGCAAUCAGGACAAGCUCGGUGGCGAGGCAGGCUACUAUCUAUCCUCGCUGUCUGGAGCUAUCCAGUUCAUCGAGACCUUAGAUCGAACCAGCAUCACUGUUAGCGACGAAGAAUUUGAGCGUAAUGUUGAGGCUGCCGUCUCUGCAAUCGCCGAACAGAAUCGCGAAACAGAACCCUUGGAUGAGAAACCUCCUAGCCGAUCCAUUACCCCAGGUGCCUCCACGCAACCGCAAUCAGGGCCAAGCCGCAAAGACGCCUCACAGUCAAGCGACGACGAGACCUCAGCUCCCGUUGCGGGCCUCUUGCGUACCAUCCAAAAACCUCUUUCUACUAUUGGUCGCAUUUUCUCCGAUGAUCCCGACAGUAACUCUUCACAAGAUCGUCCUCUUCAUCCUGCUGUAACUCCUCAACCGGCGCCCCCUCGUCUGAACCCUAAUGUCUACCAACCCCCACGAUCUAGCAGCGAGGGCAGAUACUCAGGUGAAGAACGUGGACCCUCUCGUGAGGGGAGUGCCAAGAAAAAUCUGAGCCGUGUCCUAGAUGCCCAAGAUGCAGCCGCUCGUCAGGCCAGUGCGGAAGAUGCGGAGGCACGGCGAAUUCAGCGUGCUGAGCAUAACAAUGUUGUCGAGACAUUAUCGAACAUGUUCCCCAAUCUAGACCGCGACGUAAUCGACGACGUGGUCAAGAUGAAGGAAGGGCGGGUUGGCCUUGCCGUCGACGCAUGUCUCGCUUUAAGCGCAGAGUAG